AUGGAUGGAUUCCUCUCUUUUGAACCUCUCUCCUUUGAUGGCUUUGCCCUAAAUGUGAACAAAGACAUCAUCGCUCCGCUGUGGACCGACAUUGACACUCACACCAGAGGAGACAUUUCCUACACACAAGCCACAAACGGCACUCUUCUUAAACAAGCUUCAGAUGAAAUAAACCGCAUGUUUCCUGGGACAAGGUUCACUGCUUCCUGGGUUUUUGUCGCCACCUGGGAGAAGAUGGAGUUUGAACCUGAUACAGGGGAGGUAACUUUCCAAGUGGCCCUGGUCUCCGAUAUUGAUAGUGAUGUUUCGUUCAUCAUAAUGAACUAUGGCAGCAUUCCUGAUGAUCCAGAGUCCUGGAUGGCUGGAUAUCAGACAGAGGGCAACAAACAUCAAUACCGCAUUCAGGCUCCCAGUACCUCUCAGCUGUCCAAAACCUCUAAUGUUGGAAUACCUGGCCGCUGGGCUUUCCGUGUUGAUGCCUGUUCAGCUGUGAACUGCACUGCGAGAGAAGAGUGCAAGGCAAGAAGUGGAAUUUAUGGCUGUGCCUGUGCGAACAACAAUCCAAGAUUUAAUGCUGCCACUUUUGAUGCCUACAACUACUGUAACAGCAGUUCUGGGGUGCUGUCACUCUCUCGCUGUGAGCUCUUCGAGGCUGGAUUUCCUUCAGACUUCCUUCACCUCAAUGAUCCUAGUUGUGGAGGGGAUAUCCAAGAUGACAGAGUGGUGUUCACUUUCGACAACAAGUUCAGGAUCUGUGGCACAACAAUGCAGAGUAACUCAACACACUUCAUCUACGAGAACACUGUUCGGGUGGCAGGAGGUGUUUCUUCAGGUAGUGUAAUCAGUCGUGACAGCUGGCUGGACAUGAAAUUCUCCUGUGUGUAUCCACUCAUCCAGAGCAUCUCUAUGUCCAUGUCGAUCCACGCCUCGGGAAGUGUUGUGUCCAAAAUACUGCCAGGUACUGAGAGCGCAUAUCAGCUCCGUCUGGUGACCUACUCCGAUUCUUCAUUCAUUACUCCCUAUUCCGGAAAUAUUACAAUUGAAGUAAACCAGCAGGUCUUCAUAGCUGUGGAGGCUGAUGGAAUUGACAGUUCACAGUUUGCUACUGUGCUGGACAGCUGCUGGGCCACUCCCUACAACGACAUCAACUAUCCUGUUCGCUGGGAUCUGAUCAUUAAUGAGUGUCCUAAUGAGAAAGAUGGCACAGUGGAGGUGCUGCAGAAUGGAAUCUGGACAGCCAGUCACUUCUCUUUCAGGAUGUUCACCUUCACUGGCAUUUCUAACAACAUCUUCCUGCACUGUCAGGUGCACCUGUGCCCGCGGAUGAGUGGUCAGUGCUCUCAGCCAUGUAAUAAAAAUGACGACGAUGAUCAAUUCAGAGGAAGACGUCGCAGAUCUGUGGACUUCCACGACAAAGCUUCUAUCAGCAUGAGCUUCUAACUCUCUGGCCCUUUGAAACCUCUGUUUGUGUAACAUGGCCUAGACCAGGGGUC